GCCGCCGAGGAAGUUGAAUGUAACACGUAGAUUUCGGUCGGCUACGACACACGCACGAGGUCUCUCCUCAUCGACCAUUGUCGAGGGUGGAUGGAAGUAAUCGCGUCGUCGUCGCGCGAAAAACGUCGCGCCUCUUUGUGUUCUCGCAGAAUGCAUUGAUCGUCGCAAGAAACAGCAACGUUCGACGAAUCUGCGUCACGUUGACCGAACGGAUAGUUCGGCAAUUUCAUUCGGAUUACACUUCCGACAAAGGAGACAGAGAGAGAGAGAGAGAGGCAUAAUUCCUGGAAUUUUUUCACGCGGAAAAUUUGCAUGUGAAAGUGGGGCGUCGCAUGAGCCAGUGAUUAAUCGCAAGUCGAAACGAAAAAGGGCCCAGCUUUGGAAGUUUGGCCGUGCUGAGGGAUCUCCGAAGAGAACGCGGACGUGACUCGAAUCUCGAUAGAGUCUCGAGAACGACGAACUUGGAGUGAAUUUCCAGCUGGGCGUCCGCGUGGUGCUGGUGACAGGGAGAAAUCGGUCUUUAAGUAUCUCCGGCAAACACCGGGAUCAUAAAAAGACAAGAGAGCGAGAGAGAAAGUGGCCAGCUGACUGAGAGGUUACAUUUAAUAAUAAUACGACGGCGUUUCGGCGCCUAACGCCGUUCUUCGCAAGGACCUCUCGCACCCCCGUGUGAAUACACGGUUCACUGACAAUCUCUCAUUCGCCCGCGACGAAUAAGCGCGAGAGCAAGCGACUUCUUCGCUGAGACUGUCGGGCUGCGAUUUUUCCAAAACGACGGCUACGUACGCGAUUAAAGUUGAGAAAUAUAGCCGAGCUCGAGACGGAGAAGCGUGCCUCCUUCGUGCAAGACGUGGGCGAGGGCGAGGGGGAUCAGCGGGGGGGGGAUCUCGCGGAGGGUCCGUGAAGGAUUUUGCGUCGAUGUGUCCAAGUAUUUACCGCGCUCGCAUGUGAAGCGCGACGCGUCCGACCGCCGAGUAUCUUUGACUUAGUGUCGGUCACAAGUUAGUGCGCACUCGGGGUUGAUGCUCGUGUCUCCCCGAGUAGAACGCCGUGGAGGAUACGCGGGCUUAGCCGAGCAUGAACAACGGGAGACCGGACGUUCCGCAAGCAGCAGCCGGGACUUAUUUUCACAGGGCUCGCGCGUCACGAGGAUUUCGCGUUCCUGCGAAUUAAUUGCCAGAGCGAGGGAAAAUGUCGGCCGAGGUGAGGGCUCGUCGACCCACCAUGCCGACGAUUCCGCACUCCAAGAGACCCACGAUCCUGGUGUAUCCGACGGUUACGCCGGAGAGUAUAAUCAUACCCAUCGUGUCCUGCAUUCUGGGGUUUCCAUUGCUGGCGUUAAUGGUAAUUUGCUGCCUACGGAGGCGAGCGAAACUCGCCAGGGAGCGAGCCCGGCGAAGAAACUGUGAUUUGGAUCAUGGCGCACUGAGCCUCGUCCGUUUCAGCCCGGUUCAUCGUGUGGCAUCGAGAGAGGACUUAGCUGGUGUGGAUCGUCAAACACGUACCGUGUCCUUACGGAGCGAACGAGGAUCGCGAGCCUUUCCAUCCCUGGAGCUGGACACGGUCGUCGAGGAACGUUCGGAUCCUGAGCAAAGCACCGCGUUGGAACUCAGUAGCCCAGAUUAGCAUCCGGCCCCGGCGCCGUCGAGGUCGCCGCGACCAUCCAAAUCCUUGGCGGUGCCAUUGCCCGUAGAUCACAGCCCGUUGUGGACGGCUUUGACGCACGCUAAUGCGGUCACCGCGGCUUUGGGAGAUACCUAGCAGGAAGUGGAAGACGGCAGCUAUAUCGAAGCUCUCGUCCUAGAUCUGCCAAUCAUCUACUAACUGGCGGCCAUUCCUUCCGAAAAGCAAGAUCUCGACGUAGGAAUGUCGGAGGAAGACUGGAUAGCUUGAACACUACCAUGCGCGAUAACGGUUGCGCGAUUAAUACGUAAUAUCUCGUAGAGAGAAUUGUCGUGAAUGAAGUAAACUUUAGCGACAAAACAGACAUAAUUAGGACAUUGGGACAGUGGAGCAUCGCGCGUUCUUUGCGCGUUACGUGCUCAACGUGCCGAUCGAGACGCAUGUGGAAAAUUUUGUACUACUUCCUACUUACCACUCGCGAGUACACGGCUUUUUAUACGAUAGUCGUAAUCCCAAACGUACGUAGCCGUAGGAAAUAGCUGGUCUACGGUACGAACGUGUCGAUGUGAAUACAGAUUCUUUCAUGUACAAACGGAGAAAUCAGAAUUAUACAAAUAAAGUAUUAUUCGUGUCUGUAUUAUUAUAUACAGGACGACAUUGUACGCAGGUGUGUUAUUCAUUGAGAAUUUAUCUAAAUAUACCAAUUUCCAGAUCUUCUUUUUUCUCCU